AAGGAGCCAGUGACCUCUCAAUCGCACUCCUGGGCAGGAAUUGACUGUCCAUGGUUAUAUUUACUGGAUGACUUAAAUUUCAGAAUUAGAUCCCAGCCAGCCAGGGUUAUGAGGCGUUCACACCAGAUCACACUGUGGGUCCUCUGGAUUACUAUCACGUUUUGUCUGACAGUUGAAGCCUGCUCAGAUAUAAAUGUAAUCACUGAGAGAUGGAAAAACAGUUUGGAUCUGCUCCGUGGAUGUCCUGGGACUGAAGGACCUAAAGGACCUGAUGGGAAGCCUGGAGAUCAAGGAGAAAUAGGACUUCCUGGGUUGACUGGGAGCAUAGGAAUAACAGGUGAACAAGGAGAUGUGGGGGAAAUUGGAUCUCUUGGAGAUUUUGGACGUCCUGGGACUAUUGGAGAAACAGGCUAUGACGGACCACAAGGAGAAAAAGGUGAAACAGGAGAUCCCGCUGAUGGUCCGAGGAACUGUAAGGAUCUGAUGGACUUAGGACUGACCCUUACGGGGUGGUAUUACAUAUAUCCAGACGGAAGUCCUCUGAGAGUUAUGUGUGAUAUGGAGACAGAUGGUGGGGGAUGGAUUGUAUUCCAGAGGCGGUGGGAUGGUUCAGUGGACUUUUACCGUGACUUUGAAAGCUAUAAGAAAGGAUUUGGAAAUCAGUGGAGUGAAUUCUGGUUGGGAAAUGAAAAUAUUCACGCCUUAACAGCUAAUGGUAAAUUCCAGCUCCGUAUAGAUCUUGGAGAUUUUGACAACAAUAACACAUAUGCCACCUAUGAAGGAUUCUCGCUCGGAGGGGAGUCAGAACAGUACACCCUCUAUCUGAGCGAGUACACCGGAGGUACUGCAGGUGACUCUCUCUCUUACCACAAAAACCAAAAGUUUUCUACCAAAGAUAAGGACGGUGAUGGCAGCCACAGGGUCAACUGUGCUGUUUUUUAUACUGCUCCCUGGUGGCACAAAGCCUGUUUUGACUCCUCUCUGAAUGGUCUUUAUCUUAAAGGGGAGCAUACGGAAAAAGGGGGGAUUGCCUGGGCCAAGUUCAGAGGCAUCCAGUACUCGCUCAAGUUCUCGGAGAUUAAGUUUCGCCCAGUGGAGGAAGAAGAGUGGUAGAUUUUGUUUUUCUGUAGAGUAACAUUUCCCCUUUCCAUGGUCUGGUGAGCCAUUUAGAUUUUAAAGCUGAACAAACUGGCCACUUACAGCUACCCACUAGGUAGAAGCCCAACCAUGCUUUGCAAGGCAAACUGUCAUGGUUUUUGCAAAUUGUUUAAUGAUGUAUUUGUAAUAAAAUGAUUAAAUGAUUCUCAACCAA